UGCAAAGUUUGACCCCGGUUUGGUGCAGACGGCGGACUCGUCUCCUCCCUAAACGCAACAGAUCCGGAAGUCGCGGCGGGGGGAAGGUUAACCGGGGCUCCUGCCUCCUGCAUCAGAAGCCCAUAGAAUGGCUGAUCCUUGUCCCCGUGGACCCUCCUCCUGCGACUGCUUCGUCUCUCUUCCCCCGGCCUCUGCAGCCAGAGAGGUCAUAUUUGGCAAGAAUUCUGACCGGCCGAGGGAUGAAGUCCAAGAGGUAGUCUAUUUCCCAGCUGGAAGCCAUGCCAAGGGGUCAAAGGUCCAGUGCACAUAUAUUGAAGUGGACCAGGUUGAGAAGACCCAUGCGGUCAUCCUCAGCCGACCAGCCUGGCUCUGGGGAGCUGAGAUGGGGGCCAACGAGCAUGGGGUCUGCAUCGGCAAUGAAGGGGUGUGGACCAAGGAGCCCGUGGCAGUGGAGGAAGCCUUGCUGGGCAUGGAUCUGGUCAGGCUCGGUUUGGAGCGGAGCAACAGUGCCCAGGAAGCAGUCCAGGUUAUAACAGCCCUCCUGGAACGUUAUGGCCAAGGGGGCAGUUGCAAGGAGGAGCCGACCCCUUUCAUUUACCAUAACACCUUCCUUCUUGCGGAUCGCACUGAAGCCUGGAUCGUAGAAACAGCCGGGCGGUUUUGGGCGGCUCAGAGGAUUCGAGAAGGUGCCCGGAACAUUUCCAACCAGCUGAGCAUUGGUACCGACAUUACCUCUGAGCAUGCGGGCCUCAGGCAACAUGCCCGGGAGCAGGGAUGGUGGAGUGGCCAAGGGGCGUUCAGCUUCCUGGAGGUGUUCUCUCUCACCCACCAGCCUGUGCGCAUGGAGGCGGCCAAAGCUCGCUAUUGUGCUGGCCAGCAGCUGUUGCGGCAACAUUCAGGGCAGAUCACCGCAGAGACCAUUAUGACCAUCUUGAGUGACAAGGCCAGCGGGAUCUGCGUUGAUUCGGAAGGUUUCUGCACCACGGGAAGCAUGGUGUCCGUCCUGCCGCAGGAUCCCCAUCUGCCUUGCAUCCACUUCUUCACGGCCACGCCAGACCCUUCCAGGUCGAUCUUCAAACCCUUCAUCUUCGUUCCCAACGUCACUUUCUUUCACCAAGUGCAAUCGCCGACCUUUGGCGACAAAGACCCCGUCAGGGAGAUGCCCAGGUUUCAGAGGCGAGUGGACCGACGGCACAAUCUCUACAGGGAACACCAGUUAGUCCUGGACACCAUGGACCGCAAUGAGCAUGAGCGCCAGAGACUCCAAGAGAUUAUGCGAAAAUUUCAGCGGCAAGCACUGGAAGCCAUGAAGAACCUGCUGGCAGGCUCCUUCACUCUGAAACCCCAGGAGCUGGCUGACCUCUUCUAUGACUGUGUGGUCACAGAACUCACGUUAUAUAAACAGUAAGAUCCCUAUCGGGGCAGAGAGAUUGAGGUUCGUUCCCGAGACCACUGAGAGUUCCAUGUGUGAAACAAACCCUACUUGGAUUAUAUGAUACGAUGAUAAUGCACCUUUAAAACAAAAACAAAAAAACCUUAAAAUUGUGGAGUUGGUCUAUGAAGCCUUCAGAAUUCAUUGUUGCUGCAAGAGUGAAGACCACGGACAUGGUUGUGGCUUUGAAAAGUUCGUGAAGGCUGGUGGUUCUGAAAUGUGGAGCAGCCUCUGCAUCUUAAGGGCUACAGACAAACAAGGGAAAGGGGUAGCACUUUAGUGCACUUCUGGAAUCUCAAACUGGCUACUGUCAGAAGCAAUGAAGUGGAGCGAGAUAAGACAUUUGGAAUUGUUUGGCCUAAGCGGUUGGGGACGCGUUAGAUAGAUCUCAGUCUGCAAGAUAGAUGGGUCUCCAUUUUAGUUUUAUCACUGGUUUG